AUGGAACUGCUUCCCAGCGAAAACCUUUCUACGAUAAAAAGUUUGCUUCUGUCCCUAUCGAAUCAACUCAAUGAAUCGAAUAGUCAUAUAGCCUUACUAGAAUCUAUGUCUAGAGAGAUAGUACCAAAUGAAGAAAUACUAUCGCAAAUACCUAGUCCAAAGUUGAACGAUGAGAACGAAUACAACAGUGACGAAGGUAUUGACUAUGAGAAAUCUACAAUUCAACGCCUAGAAGAAGAGAGAAUGUCCCUUCUAAUGGACAUUCAGAAGCAGGACUUUGUCACUGCGAAGCUAAAUGAUAUAGUACAGCAGAAUUUCGAAAUCGUACAGUCUAUUAAAGAGUAUUUGCUACGCUCCAACCAGAUUCAUCAGGACGAAAUAAAAAACAAUAAUCUAAUUCUUGAGAAGUACACCCAUAACAUCAUAGCAUCUAAUGAAGAUAAGCUCAAGAUCAACUUGGUUGAUUUGCAAAUCGGAACAAAGAGAAUUCAAGAACUUCUUAUAAAUAUAACGAGCUCACUACAACAGAAUGAGCUGAACGACUACAGGGAAAAGUUAAAUGAGUUAAUACGUGGAUUAAAUUUACUUCUAGACAAAGAGUUCUAA